AUAUUGCUGCAUUAUAUAAAACUAUUAGUAUAAUUUUUUUACAUUUUAGAAUGUGGUGCCUCGAGACUCUCCAUAAUUGUAAAAGGUGCCUCGGGACUGUCCAUAAUUUUAUAGGGUGCCUCAGGACUGUCCAUAAUUUUAUAGGGUGCCUCAGGACUGUCCAUAAUUUUAGAAGGUGCCUCGGGAAUGUCCAAAAUUUUAGAGGGUGCCUUGACAUUGUCCAUAAUUUUAAAGGGUGCUCGGGACUGUCCAUAAUUUUAGAGGGUGCCUCAGGACUGUCCAUAAACUUUAGAGGGUCCAGGAUAAUUUUAGAUGGUGUCUCGGGACUGUCCAUAAUUUUAGAGGGUGUCUUGACAUUGUCCAUAAUUUUAAAGGGUACUUGGACUUACAAAAGGUUGAGA